AUGGAAGAGUACACCAGAGAGCCAUGCCCAUAUCGUAUCGGAGAUGACAUUGGAUCUGCUUUCGCCAUGGGUCUGGUUGGAGGAUCGAUUUUCCAAGCUUUCGGUGGAUACAAAAAUGCUGCAAAAGGAAAGAAAAUGGUCGGAAUGAUGCGUGAAAUCAGAAUGAGAAGUACAUUGACAGGAGUUCAAUUCGCUGCUUGGGGAGGCAUGUUCAGUACGAUUGAUUGCUGUCUUGUGGCUAUUCGAAAGAAGGAAGAUCCAAUCAAUUCAAUCGUCUCCGGAGGAUUGACAGGAGCUCUUCUGGCUAUUCGUUCUGGACCAAAAGUUAUGGCAGGAAGUGCUAUUCUCGGAUCAGUUAUCUUAGCCAUGAUCGAGGGUGUUGGUUUAGUCACGACUCGAUGGAUGGGUGCAAUGAUGGAUCCAACGCAACCACCGCCGGAAGCUCUCGAUGAUCCACGCAGUUUGGGACAGAAAAGUCAAGCAGAGCCUGGACUUGAUCAAUCGAGACCUUUCGGAAUUCCUACUGGACUGCCAAAUCUUUCGUAG